AACCUGUCUACCUCGAACAUAUGAAUGUCAGUUUGGUAGAAAAGAGUAAAGCGGUUGAGAAGGAGAUAUCAACGUAUUUUGUGUCAGAAAGUUCGAUCGAGCAGGCGAAUUAAACUUAUGGAAUACGAUUUGUUCGAAUCCAGACAUUCCUACUAUGUAAUCAAUGCACCUGCGGAAUAGAGCAGCGGUGUGGAGAAGAAUAUUUACAACAAAAAACAUGCGUUGGGAAUAGAUAAAUCAAAGGCGCUGCGAGUAUUAUGGCAGAUGUGAAUAGUACUGAACAUCUGGUUCAUCACGAGAAAGAAAGCGUUGCCAACGGCUACGACAAUAACGGUUAUCAUCCAUGUGAUAGAAAAGGCGAAGAAGAAGAAUCUUCCAAAGAUGAAGACCGCUUGCGAAUUGUGGUUACAGAAAACGGACGUCGGACAGACGGUGAUGUGCCGUUGGCCAACGGUCACGCUCACGAAAGAUCUAAUAGCUAUUCGACAUCUACGGUGAACGGUACCGCCGUGGUCGUUUUGGGAGAGGAAGAGGACGAUGAAGAUGUAGCAGAUCACAAUAACAUAGACUCCACACAAAAACCGCUGGAUACACGGUUACGUCAUUACGUACCAGCUGACGACAUGGACAGAAAGAUAUUGAAUGGUUCUGACAGCACGCACGUGUCAAUACCUGAUGAUGCCGUCAUCAGUUUCACUACUGGUGGAAGGGUGCGCGUCAAGAACCGCACGUCAAGUAGUCCUCAAUCUACAAGGGAAAGUAUACCGUUAGAAACUAUUCCUACUUCUUACGAAGUCGAUGAUAAAAAGACACUUGGUCUUGAUAAAAAGGCUGAAGUGGAAGCUGAACUGUCCAAUAGUAAGAACGGUGUAUGGGCAGAGACUCAUGUGAAUUCUGGUGCAGAGGGUGUGUUUAAUAGUGAGAAACUUAAUGGAACUUCUAAGUCCAGCGACGAGGUUAGCUUGCCGGUCAACAGCCAUAGAAAAUGCCUGAGCCGCGAAGGAUCCAUUAGUAGUUUAUCAGAAACCAAGUCCACGGGUGAAAAACUAUAUUUCACUGAAGAAAGUCGGAAACUUUGUCCAGGCUGGAGAAGACUUAUUUUAUGUGGUUUAAUACUAAUUAUUGUUGCUGUUGCUGUUUGCUUAGCUGUCCUUGCUGCAACCGGAAUUCUGCUAGCCGAAUCGGAUAAUAAGACUAUUCGGCAUGAAUCUGGUCAUUCCUUAGCUAGUGUAGACUCAAUAUCUCAAGCUGGUUUUCCCAUCCGGCGACCUCCUUCUAAAGUGCCACAAAAGUUUCAGCCUUCUGUCACAACGGAUGAUCUUCCGAAUGUGACAGCAACUCAUGGCGUGCAGGAUACAGUCAGUCAGGCACCGCCUAAAGUCACUCCUAAAGUUCCUCUUCUAAUUGAUACUUCACACUCACAAACCAUAGUGCCAAAUGCUCUAGUAGGAGAAUUCACAAUUAUCGAUGAAAAUUUCACUGAUGAUUUAAAUGAUAAAAGUUCUCAAUAUUACAUGACUUUAGCACAUAACUUAGAAAAAGAGCUUCGUAAAACCUUCCAGGAGAACAGAAUAGAAUUCGAAAAAUUGCAAAUUCUUAGUUUUAGGCCAGGUAGCAUAAAAGUUAAAUUUGUAAUGGUUUGGAAACCUAAUCAACCAGUCAUCCCACCAUCAAGAGCUUCAGAAAUAUUGAAAACAGAUCUAGGAAAGAAGAACAACUCUUUUUUUAAUUUAUUCCAUGUCGACUUGAAUUCUAUUCAUUUCACUGAAGUAUUUGAUGAAUGUCGUAUUCAAAAAGGAGGCUGCACCUAUGAUUGCUCAUGGAACUACGACACUUUAGUUAAGUCUUGUAUUUGUCCAGUAAACACGUAUCUACAAACUGAUGGAAAAUCUUGUGGAUUUAAAGAAUCAAGUACUGCAAUACCUGUCGUUGGAUCUAAACUACAUCCUCCACCAACGGUUCCUAGUACGAAAGUAAUAACGACUACUAGUGAGGCCAAGCACACUGUUUCACCUUCUCUGAGUACAUUAACGAAACAACCGACAACCCCAAGAUACUCACCACCAACAGAAACAACCACUGUUCAGACCACAGGAAAUAAAGUUUACAACGAACGAUUGACAACACAAGAGUACACAACAACUCAUUUUUUCGUGCCCUCUGAAAAACCGCUAAUAACAGAAAUACACGAUACAACUGUACUUGAAUCUGUAACAAGAAAGGCUAUUGAAGAAGAUACGAUAGUGCGUGGCCAGCCCACUACGCUUUUCACUACUCCUAUUUCGCCCAUUUCAACAAUCCAUGAUUUUUUACCAAAUGAAGAAAUUACAACAUUCAAUUAUGAUCGAAAAGAAAGUUUCAAUCCCACGGAAGCCACUACAUUGAACGUUGAAGAAACUGAACCAACAACCGAAACAGAGACGGAAUUAACAACUGCGUCAGAAACAGAAUUGACAACUCUUGCAGAAACUGAAAUUACAACACUCUUGGAAGAAGAAACCUUGACUUUCAAGGAAACUACUCCUAGUAUAAUUGCUGAAGUAGGUGACAUAGAAAAGAAACCGACAACUCUUACUGAAAAGCCUGUAUUCGAGCAAACAACUCCCUAUGUAGCAACUGAACAACAGCAAACUUCUAGUUCUACUUACAAGGAAAUCAUUGAAGAUAAGACAACUUUGAAAUAUCAUAUAAUCGACACCCCAACAGAAGUGUAUACAGUGAAAACAUUUACUGACUAUCCAACAGAAUUUGCAGAAAAUGCUACUGAAACUACAACAACAAAACCUCAAACUCCAGAAAUAGAAAAAAUAACAACAAAUUAUGAUAGUACAAUACCUUCAAAGAAUACUGACCAAAUGGAAACUCCGACUACAAUUUCGGAGUUCACAACAAGACAGGUUACAGAAGCGGAAGAACUGUGGAAAAAGGAAAUGGAAGUCACAACUUUGCUUCCUGAGAUAGACACAACUACUUAUUUUUCUGAAAAGAUAACUCAAACGAGUGAACCACCAACUGAACCGCCAUUAACAACAGCAGUGAAUGUUAAUGAAGAUGAGCUUACUACUACCGAAGCACCCAAUGCACACACAACUUUACAACAACCUUUUUUAACUCCACAAUUUAAUCGAACACCAGGUGUUAGGUCUUAUGACAAUUUUUCGGAUUUUGAACAUUUUACACGCAUUUAUGAAGAAACGGGUCUUGAAAAUACAACUAUGCAUCCAUUUGCUGAAACUACAACGCCACCAGUAUCGGUUGGAUUGCCGAUCGGCAACAAAUCACUAACAGAUCAAAAUUUAAGCAAUGAAACUCUAACUGCUAUUUUUUCAGGAGACUUGCCAGUCCUGAUUCCAAAUGAAACCACAACAAUAACGAAUGUCUUAACUACAACAAAUGCAAUGCAUCACACAGAACCAACAACCGACUCUAUGCUUGAAACUGAACCAACCACCAAUACAAAACCAGGCUUGCUUCAUGAAACUACCAAAAGUCCUGGUAUACACGAACCCACAACAUUUUUAAAAUCAUUAAAUGAAUCUGAGACAACAAUAAUACCAAACAUCGAUAACACCUCAAACUACAGUACGUCGGAAACUUUUUUGGCCACUGAAGAAACUACGUCAGAAACUACUUUAGGGACGGAAUUAACUGAAACAGAAGAAACAACGCAAGCAGAUGAAACUACUCAAAAUGGAUGGGAAACUGAAGUAACUACAGUUGCUGGUUUUCGGGAAGACGAAAACGUAACUACAUUUUCUCCUGAAACUGCGCAUCCCUCAGAAAUAGAUGAUCUCACUACGCUAGAAACUGAAGGUGUUGAGAAAGAAAUUCUUCGUGGCAACCAAACAGAAAACUUUACAAUUCAGGCUGACAAUACAAGCGUUGGAACGACAAAUGUUCCAUUUUUGACAACAGUUCCCAUGGAAAGAGAAACGAAAGCUAUUCAAACUGAUUUAACAGAAACCACUGAAGCAUAUGAUGUAACAACAACUAAGCCGUUGGAAGAAACUGAAACAGCGACAGAUAUAUUAGAAAUUGAAACAGAAACGCCACCACCAGGAUUAAAAACUCAAAGUAGUAGCGUUACAACACAGAAAUCAAUGAUUACAAAUACUUUCCCAACAACUCCAGAAAGCACAACACCUUUUAUUAAUACUGACGAACUGGAUCAUAGCAACGUCACUUCUACAAACAUAUCAUCUAUUACAAACGUAGCAAAUGAUAAAAUAGAAACAACAACAGAAACUACUGAAAAUUACACUGCCACAAAUGAACAUAUAACUGAAAUAAAUAGUGCAACUACUACUGUGCAGCCAAUUUCUGAAAAUCAAACAGUAACAACAAUAGCUGGAACUCUAUUAGUUAAAACACCAAAUAUAUUAUUGGAAACGGAAACAACUCCUUAUGAAAUAAAUAAUACGGCAACAACUCCUUUUGAAACUGAUAACACGGAAACAACUCCUUAUGAAAUAGUUGGUAUGGAAACAACUACUGUCUCCUCAUUGAGCAACGAAACUGAAUCUUUUAAUGAAACAACAGAAUUUCUUACGUUACCACAUACAGAAACAACCGGUGCUGAAACCGAGACCACCCUAAUGGAAUCCAAUACAGACAAAUCAACAGCAACUGAAACAACCACAAAUGCUACACCAUAUGCGGAAGUAAUAUUACCAACAACAAAUAUAUUUGAUAGUGAAACAACCAUAACAUAUAACGAUACAAUUGAAACUACUAUAAAUGAAAGUGAUACAACUACAGCAAUACCAAAAGAUUUAAAAACAGUUGAAACUCAAGAUGAAAAUGUUACUGUAGCUGGUGAAGAUAUUUUAUAUAGAUCUCACAAAAUAAAUGAGAACAUUACUUCUGAUUUAACACCUACAGCAAAUUUUAACAUAUCUGACGGUAGUUUAAACUACAAUGAAGACUACGCCAACUUUACCACCCCAACCUAUGAGGAUAUAUUAAAUGAAACAACUACAACAAUGGCUAUCGCAGGCAUCGAGUGCAGAGAAGACCAAUUCAUUUGUGAACCGCUGAAUAGCUGUUUGAAUAAUUCCUACAUGUGUGAUGGAAUCUUGGAUUGUCCUGAUGGAACAGAUGAAUUUGAUUGCCAAGAUAGUUGCCAUAGUAAUUUCAUGUGCUCGAACUCAAGCACGUGUAUUAUGAGUGAGGCACGUUGCGAUGGAAUAUGGGAUUGUGAUAAUGGAACAGAUGAAGAGAAUUGCAGACCAGCAGAGUGUGCCAAACAUGAAGUUAUGUGCUCGGAUGGAAGUAAAUGUAUUAAACCUGUAGACAUUUGUGACUGGAAGUAUGACUGUAAAGACAGAAGUGAUGAAGUUGGAUGUGUGGAGAGGACGACUUGUGAAUCGAACGGAAAAUUCUUCUGUGACGAUGGACUUUGCAUUCCUUGGUCUCUGAAAUGCGAUGGCGAAUUUGACUGUAAAGACAAAGAGGAUGAAGGAAAUUGCACUUGUUUGAAUGACGAGUUCCAAUGUAGUGAUGGUAAAUGCUUGAAGAGUUCAAGUCGAUGCGAUGGACACAGGGAUUGUCAUGAUGGAGACGACGAGAUGGGCUGUGUCAAUGUAGAUGCGCAACACAUGGUUACUACAUAUGAACCUUACUCUGGAACGUGGGCCAUGCUCUGCGCAGAGGACUUCAAUCUCGAUGAUGGACAUUAUCUUUGUCAAGAACUUGGUUUUGGGCAUGCUCUGAAGGUAGAUAAACUGCAUGUAUCAUUUAACGGUACUUGGAUGGCUAUGAGGAGAGAAAAUUUAACGGAUGCAUCCCUUUGGACUGAGAGAGUGUCUUUUGUAGAAAGCUGUACAAGCAGUUUAGCUGCCGAAGUGGAAUGCCAAAAAUUUGCUUGUGGUGAAUAUACUGGUCUUCUUCACCGAAGAAAAAAGAGAGAUAUUCUUAGUUCCUCCACAUCUAGUCAAUGGCCAUUUAUUGGAUAUACAUCAACAUUCCGUUCUAAUCGCGGAUGCUUGUCUGAAAUUCUCACACCGAUUUGGCUUCUCACCUCAGCCGACUGUCUCCUGUCAAUAAGCAAAAACCCGUUCAACGGAUCUGACUGGUACGUUCGAACUAACAUCGGACAAAAUACAGAAUCAGGUUUAGCUCAGAACCAUGAAGUUCUCAGAAUGAUACUGCAUCCUCACUCCUCAAAAUUCAGAUCCCUCAUCUUGAGAGAUUACGAUGUAGCUUUGGUUCGACUCAAGCAUGCUCUCGUUUUUGUAAGCGAUAAAAUCGGAGCUAUAUGUCCCCCUGAAGAACAAGUUCCACCUGGAAUUACUUGCUUUUCAGGAGUUUUGGGAACAGAAAAACCACGAGCUCUUCCACCACCUGUCUUGUCCAUCAAUAGUUUGGCCCUGCAGAUAAUAGACAGGAAAAACUGCAAUACCUUUGAUCAUUACAACAACUCAGUGAAUCAAAGAAUGCUCUGUACACAAAGCAGCGAAGGACAUACCAUUUGCGACAAUGAUGAAGGUACUCCACUAAUGUGCUUAACUGGCAUCAACAAAUGGUUCCUCGCUGGUAUGCUUACAUAUCAAAGAUACUGUGAGGUAUACAGUAAACAUCCAGCUGUCUUCUCUAACCUUUUCUCUAUGAGGAAAUAUAUUGAUCAAGUGACAGGGCAAAAGCAGUACGAAAUUCCAUAUGAUAGUAAUAUUUAUGUUAUCAUACCACCCACUACCCCAAGUCCAACCAUACCUGAAACAACUACGGUUAUAUACACAACGACAGAAGCUCUCACAACUACAGAAUUCCCAGAAACUGUUGCCAUGAACGAUACAGAAGAUUACAACACAACCGAAUCAGAAAUUCCCACUGAUUUUACCACAUUAUCUGAAUUAAAUGCAACUGAAACAUUCUUUGAGAAUGUAACAAUGUUAACUCCAACAUUUAUUGAAGAAGUGAGAGGAGAAGAAGUUUUCACGCCACCAACUCACACUCUUGAAGUGAAUGAGACUAACGAAACCCAUACGACAAUUUCAGAUGAGGCGUUCAAAUCGGAAGUUGAAGAGAUGACAACUUUAUCCCCACAAGUAUUAAAAGAAGAAUACGCGGUUGCCACACACAGUAACUUCAGUGAAAAUACCACUUUGAUGGAUGAGUUUGAAAAAACUAACACGUCAGAAAGCGAAUUUUUUGAAAAUGUAACGCAGACUCUUACAGCUGAAGCCACAACUCUUCCUGCUGAAACAGAAACGACUGAAAUCACUCACAAUAACACAGGCGCAUUAGUACUAGAGGCUGAAACUACUGAAUUCCCAACCGAUAUGGAAUCUAUCACUGCCACAGAACCCGUAGAAACUGAAUUCGAUGCUAAUUUUACAAGUAAUAAUUUUACAGAGGUGCCUUUCGCGAAAGUUCUAGAGCUACCUACGCUUAACAAGACCGUAACAGCUGAAAUGAACUCUACAACUUUAUCAUCAUCUUCCAACAAUACAUUGACCACUAUAUCCGAUUUCACUGAAAUGAAUGUUGAGUCUACCACUUUAAAUACUAAUUAUUCAGACAUGUUAGAAGAAUCUACCACGCUUAUUGAUACAGAUAUGACAACAACUGAAGCAUCGGAGACUGAAACAUUCAUCUUCGAUGUAGAACCAGAUGAGGACUUAGCUAUUGAUGUGUUUACAAGCAAAGAUGGCAUUCGCGUAGAGUCUCCUGCUCGCAUUGCCAAUCUAGAAAGCACUGCUGUCUAUAAAGAGCAUUUAUCACGAAGCAGAAAUUUAGAUGAAUCUCAUAAUAUAUCUGACAUAAUUUAUGAUGUAAGGACAAGCCCAGUUACGGAAGUCACAAUCAAUGAUGGCAAUUUGACAGACUUAACACCACCAAUGACAGAAAAACUAAAUACUGGCGAAGGCUAUGCCAUUAAAGAGCAUACAACAACACAGGGAAAUGAAAAUGAAAAACCUGAAGAAGCAACAACAAUACCAGGUAUUGGUGAAACAGAUAAAACCACUACACCAGAAAUUUACAAACAUACACCACAAUCAUAUCAUGCCACAACUUUAAGCGAAGCAAAAACAACUAGCCUUCCUUAUGAUAAAGAAACGACAUUCGUACCCCAGUUUGAAACCACUACAAAUAUGAAUGAAAUGGAAGCCGAAACAACAGUUUAUGACACAGUGACUAAUCCGACUAUUUUACCGAUGUUUGACACAACUGAAGUUACAAAGAAAGUUUCUCAACCUACACUCACUACAGUAGAAUCUUUGCAAGGAAAUGAAAGAAAACAAACACCAACUGAGAUAACAAGUGCUGCUGAGACUCAGGUUAAUGCUGUUACUUCUCCAAAUACAGAAAUUUCAACUUCUGCUGAUAAUUUUACGACAUUAAGCGAAGGAAUCGAAACAACAGUGGGUGUUUUGGAAUCAGAAACACAUCCAGUGACAGAUUAUGAAACCACUGUAGCAGGAACGCAUGCAGUAACAGAUUAUGAGACAACUGUAGCAGAAACGCAUACCGUUUCAAAUUAUGAAAUUACUGUAACAGAAAAGAAUCAUUAUGGCCGCCAGCCCGAAUUUGCAAGGCUACUAAAUGAAACAGAGACUCAAUUAGGAGAAACAACUUUACCAACAACAGAAUCACCCAAUGAGACAGAUUUUACAACCACACAGCUUAUUGAAGGAAACUUUUCAAUGAUUGGAAGAGAAACAACAAGAAGUAAUGAUUCGUUAAGAAAUGGGGAAACAACUGUAGCAGAUACCAAAGAAAGUACUGUUACAGAAGAAAAAACACAGAUAACUACAUUUGUAAAUAUAGUCCGAAAUAUAACUACUCCUUCUCCGUUGAUCACUUUUACAGAGAUGCCAAUAAAUAAUUUCCAAGAAAAUAAAUCCAUCUUGACAACAUCGAAUCCAAUAACUAUUCCAGACAUUGAAUACAUCGAUAAAGCAAUGCCAAGGAGUAAUAAUGAAUCAUUAUUACUUCAUUUACUCUCUGAAAAACUAACGAUAGAUGAAGAAGAAAGUGAAACAAAUUUCACAGGAAAAUGUGGACAAUGGAAUCAUGUUUAUAAUGAAACAAAUUAUAACAACACAAAGUUUUAUGAAGAAUGGCCGGCUCUAGGAUACUUGCAACUAGUAUCUCAACCAAAGAUAUGUGCAGCUACAAUUUUGUCUUCACAAUAUGUUCUGGCAUCAUUGAAUUGCCUAACAUAUGCGGACGAAACACUGAAUCCUGAUAAAUGGUCUUUUAUUGCUGGCUUAUAUGACUCAAUAACGAAUGUGACUGGACAACAAACUCAUCUUAUAAGUGAGAUUAUUCCACACGUUGAUGUCGGAAUGGUGUUGAUGUUCCAAGAGCACAAUCUAGCUCUCGUAAAAGUGAAGGAUACAAUACGAAUGACUAGGUAUUCGCAAACUGCUUGUUUAGCAGAAGACAUGGAUCUGCAAGAGCAAUGCUUUACCACGGGAUGGAGUCAGGUUCCCUCAGACGAGAAAGAGGAGGAAUUUUAUUCAGUUCCAGUCACUGUCAUUCCACAAAGUGAAUGCAACAACACUGCAAAUUAUAAUGGUUUGCUGUUGGACACACUGAUAUGUGCCAGUCAUGAAAACAGCAGUUAUCCAACAUGUCAAAUGGAUUACGGUUCACCACUGUUUUGUCUCAACAACAAGCAUUGGGAAUUGAAAGGUAUUUUGGAUUUUCCAGGACCAUGUGAUAUUGUUCAGCCUGCUGUAUAUAACAGCAUAUCUAGUGCAAAAAGUUGGAUCAUGGGAUACGUAGGAGACAAAAAUCUCUAAGUGCUUCGAAAAAUUUUUGAAAAAAGAAUUAAGUCAAGAAUUUCUAAUUUGUGAUAAUAUUUCAAAGAUUUUUUUUCUUUUUUUUUGUGUUUUUACUAUUGUGAAACAAGAUAUUAAAAAUAUACAAUCAAGAAUCUCCAUUCGAUUGUGAGAUUGUCACUAUUGUAUUAGGAAGACAUUUUUAAUAAUUUUUUUUUUAAGAAGCUGUGAUUUUUUUCCCCCGCUGAGAAUUGAAAACGUUUGGAUCUGCGAAAACUUGUGAAGAAACAGAUAUGCACUCUUUCUCCAAAUUUUCACAUCAGUAUCCAAGAGAAGUUAAAAUUGCAGUUAAACUAGUCCUCUGCAGUUUCUGUAGUGAUACGUCUAAUUUCAAGCAGCUGUAUCAUCCGUCCAUGUAAACGUUUCAUCUGUGAUGUUGAAUGUAAGACAAAGAUAGUAAUUUAAUAAAUUUUGAAAUGAUUUUUUACUUUUUUAAAAAAAAAUCAGCUUGUGUAUAUAUUACCUAGUAUGAACUUUAUACGAAGUAGGUCACUAUCAAUUUUACUGUAAAAAGUUUUUCCUUUCUUUUUUUUUUUAAAAAAAAUCUUUUGCUGUAUUUUUCUGCAGUUUAGUUUCUUUUAAUUAUUUAUGUAUGUGCGUUUGUUUUUCAAUAAGCUAAAGUUUUCUAGGAAGCUAUGAAACAUCAAAAAGUUCACUUAAAAAAAUUUCUAACUUUUAUCUUUAUUAUAUGUGUAUACUAAAUACAUGAAUUUUGUUGCUUUAAAUGUUAAAGCAACCUUAUUGCAUUUUAAUAAGACAUUUACUGUAGUGUAGUUGAACUACUAUUUAAAAUAACUUUAAAGUAUUAUUUAAUUAUAAUGAAUGUAUUUCGUUCAUUUUAUUUACAUGUGUUAACUUUAAUGUUCUAUAAUUACAACUGAAGGACAUAUUCUGCGACCAUAACGAGUCAGUUUUUUUUUUUCUCUGUUAAGUUUGGAAAUUUAUUUUAUCAGUGAUAAUGAAAUAUUUCAAUUAAUUUUCUGUCUAAUACAUUCCCCUAAAAUUAUGUCUAUUUUUUAAGGAAAAUUUGUUUUCAAACCUUUGACAUGCACGAUUUCUCCUUUGCGUGAGGCUUAUCACUGUUUCACAAUAAAUCAGUCAAUUAAAACACUCUAAUUCCCAUAAUUAUUAGAUAAGUGUGGAUAAAAUUCAAUAGGGUUUAAAAACAAUAUGUUUUUUCUAUGCAUUUCUUCUUCUAAAAUGCUAUUACAACUGAAAUACAAGCAAUGUUUCUAAAGAAACUGAGGAACCAUAGCAUAAAUGAAAGAAGGAGACACACAUAGCUUCUACACAUCUUUAGGAGACAUCUUUAAUGUUUUUUAAUAUUAACCACAAUCUUGUAAUAACUGUAUUAAAGAACUGUUAAAAAUAAAUAACAAGUAAAACCAUUAUGUCAUUGAAUAAUUUUAAAAUAUUUUCACCAAAUAUAUACAUAUAUGUUUUUUUCAUUAUCUUGUAAUAACCAUGUACAUUUAUUAACUAAAUUGAACAAUAACUAUUAAAACAGUUAUUUAAAUGAUUAAUAGGAAAAUCUUUGGGUUAGUAACUAAUUUAAAAUUAUUUUCUGAUAUAAUUGCUUGUUGUUUUUAUUAUCUUACUACAAGAUUAAUCAUGUUCUUGUAUUAACUAUGCUAGAAAUUAUGAAAACAAUGAGUUAAUUAAACAAUAGGAAAAUCGUUCAGUUAUUAACCAAUUUAAAAUUAUUUUCACAGAUUAUUGCUUGUCCUUUCCAUCAUCUUGUAUUAAUUAUAUUCAUAAAUUAACUAUAAGGACAGCAACUAAAAUAAACCUAUUAACAAAAAAUUAUUAGGUUAUUAACCAAUUUUAAAUUAUUUUUCAUAUAUUAUUGCCUGCCAUUUCCAUUAUCAUGUAUUAACCUUGUUCUUGUAUUAACUAUGUUAGACGGUAACUAAAAUAAUGAAUUGGUUAACAGGAAAAUCAUUAGGUUAUUAACAAAUUUUAAAUUAUUUUUACAAAAUUGCAUGUAGUUAACUAGUUAUUGUUUCAUCAUUCUUAUGUACAGCUCAUUCACAUACUUGCUCACUACAUAAUUAUUUAGUCAUUAUUAUUUCUUAUUAUUGUACACAUAUAAAUGCAUGUACUCUGUUGAAUAUGUUUAGUUUUGUUUGAAAGGUGUUGCUCACAAACGUCAUAUACUAUUUUGUUACUAUUUUAAAAAGUA